CUCUCUUUAGCUGCUACAGCGGAUCCUUUCCACAUCGACGCUACUGUUAACGUCACGCCUGUAAGCCCUGCUCGCACCCUGCGCUCGCCUCGCCUGCCUUGCUGCUCUCUUGGUCGGACGUUGCGUUGGAGAUGAGGCGCUGAUCGGCGCGACAAGAGGAGGAGGGUUGAGAAGAACAAGAAAAAAGGACUGGAAAGCAAGAGGAUAAAAGAACGGAGAGAAAGAAGAAACUGCACCACCCCCCCUCCUUCCAAACUCACCCACUACCCCUCGAUAAACACCACCACUCCUCCUCUGGGUGCCCCCUCCACUCCUACUUCCACUCCUCCAUCCCGCUCCCCCCGCUCCGAAGAAAUUGACGGAUUAUUGGGAAGUGCGCGGGAGGCAGGCUGCAGCUGCUGCUGUGUGCGCUUGGCAGGGAUGGUGCGCGUGCGUCCACAAUUUGCCGCACGGCCGCAGUGUGCGGCAACUUGACGAGACAGAACAAGGAGCUAGGGACGGCGGGAAAAAGUCGGGAGCCACGCCGAGCCAUCACAACCCCUGCUGAGCGCUCAGUAAAGGAGAGACGAAAAAAAACAAGUGGACACGACGACACAUUGAGGGGUGAACGAGAAAAGAGCUGUCAGACUGACCAAACGACCAAAUGAUUGACCACUGAAAAGUGGGCACAGGAAUACAAAGAGGAGGAGAAAGGUGGGGGCUCUUUUUUAUUUUUUAAAUUUUUUUUUAAACUACCCCCCGGAUUGUCAAUCUCUUCUCUGGAACGCUGCAAACAACAAGCAAAGCAAGCUGGAAAAAAGGACUGUGGAAUUCUCUUUCAACCUUUUUAUUUCAUCCCGUUUGACUCUUUUGGACAAUUGUGUCACAAGACCACUGCUAUGGAAACCUGGAUAAGGUGUCUAUCGAGAGGAUCAACUGUCGGAUUCCAAGGACAAGCGAGGCAAGCGGAGCAUACUGCCAGAAACCAGCAGUGGAACACUGCUUCUUUGGGAGCCUGAGUGGAUUCCUACGUACGAUCUUUUUGUUGUUGUUGUCGCUCAAGAGACAAACACACAUUCUAAACGGCCUUCAAAUCUCUCAGAUUGGAUGUAUGGAUUUACAAAAGGGCUCAUCCUAUUUAACAGGGCAGUUGUUGAAAGGCUUUCGUUGCUGCUCGGGGAUAUACGUGCAUCUCAAGUGAGUGCCACAGCUCGUUGUGAGAGAGGCUAUAUAUCUCAGUACAAGAACCUGUAAUGUUAACUUGAGGUAGGUGUCGAGUGUUUCAAUCCCUCUCUGAAUCAGUUUGCAACCCCCUACCUUCUUGACUUGUGUCUUUGUAAUAUGGCUUUUGGUUGCUCAAUUUACCAUCGCGUCCUUUUCAUCCAUGUUGCAGAACAGCCAGCUCCCCGUACUCACUCCACUCACUCUUGAACGCAGAUCAUGGAAAUACGUUGUUAACUAAAGAUAAUCAAAAGUCUGCUGCCAAUCUCAAUAUGUCUGCUUUUCAUCUUCACUUUUCUUAUUCCUUUUGACUCUGGUCCUCACAAAUCCAGCCAACUGUGUCAUUUAACUGUACCUAAAGCCCCCCACGCACAUACACCACCACCACCAGCCCCCCAGAUGAUGCUGAAUUAUGAAUGUGCCACAUCAUGAGUCUCCUGGGGAGGGUAGCUGCGCAUCGUGCCAGGAAAGCCGCCCUACUCUGUGUAGUGUUCCUGAUGGCACGAGCAUGGAGCAGCGCCUCCCUGGCCUUAGGGGCGGCGGCGUCUCAAGGAUCCCAGGGCUGUCCCCCACAGUGCUCUUGCAGUAAUCAGCAGGGGAAGGUGGUGUGCACCCGACGGGGCCUCACUCGCGUUCCCCCGGGCAUACCGGCCAACACGCGACACCUCAAUCUGAUGGAAAACGCCAUUGAGGCGGUGCAGGCUGACUCAUUUCGCCACCUGCACCACCUUGAGGUUCUCCAGCUUGGGCGAAAUGCUAUUAGGCAGAUUGAGGUGGGCGCGUUUAAUGGACUUACCAGCCUCAACACUCUAGAGCUGUUUGACAACCGGUUGACGGUGGUACCCAGUGGGGCCUUUGAGUACUUGUCCAAACUAAGAGAACUGUGGCUGAGGAACAACCCCAUUGAAAGCAUUCCUUCCUAUGCCUUUAACCGGGUGCCCUCCCUAAUGCGACUGGACCUUGGAGAGUUACGAAAACUGGAGUACAUCUCAGAAGGAGCUUUCGAGGGCCUACAAAAUCUCAAGUACCUCAACUUGGGCAUGUGCAACAUCAGGGGAGAUAUGCCAAACAUGAGUCCCCUCAAGGGCUUGGAAGAGCUGGAGAUCUCUGAAAAUUACUUCCCCGUGAUAAAGCCGAGCUCUUUUAUAGGCCUGAGAUCGCUGAAAAAGCUAUGGGUGAUGAACUCUCAGAUAACGGUGAUAGAACGCAAUGCCUUUGAUGAUUUGCCGUCACUAGUGGAGCUUAAUCUCGCCCAUAAUAAUCUGAGCUCUGUGCCCCAUGAUUUGUUCUCCCCGCUCAGGUACUUAGUGGAGCUUCAUCUCCAUCACAAUCCUUGGAACUGUGGCUGUGAUGCCGUAUGGUUAGCACGCUGGCUAAGGGAAUAUAUCCCCACAAACUCAACUUGCUGCGGGCGCUGCAACUCACCUGCCACCAUGAGAGGUCGACAGCUUGUAGAAGUGGACCAAGGUGAGGGGGCGGCUACCCAGUGUUCUGCUCCGUUCAUCGCAGAUGCUCCCAGAGAUUUGAACAUCUCAGCUGGGAGAGUCGCCGAGCUUCGGUGUCGCACAGCCCAGAUGUCGUCAGUACGCUGGCUCUUACCCAAUGGGACUAUCCUGACACAUGCCUCCAGUCAUCUGAGGAUGUCGGUACUUAACGAUGGAACCUUAAAUUUCUCAAACGUCCUUACUUUGGACACUGGCACGUACACCUGCAUGGUAUCCAAUGCAGCCGGGAAGUCCAAUGCUUCGGCCUACCUAAACGUGAGUGCGGCUGAGCUGAACACGUCCAAUUUGAGCUACUUCACAACAGUGACAGUGGAAGUCUUGGGCCCGACCACAGAGAUGCCCAAACCCAAGAAGACUACUACUACGACAUCUGCUGUUACUGCGGUGGCCGGCGUUGCGGGAGGAGGACUUGGCCUUGGAACAACCACCACAACUGCCUCACCCUCCAUCUUUCAGCCAGUGUUCAUUUCCACACCGACUGUGUUGCUACAAAGCACCGACAGCCCGCCCGGUGCUGCCAAGCCAUCUGUUGUGCCCGGACUCAAAGGGGCCACAGGCAAACCUGGAAAAUCAGGCCCGAGUCUUGACGAAGUCAUGAAAACAACCAAGAUCAUAAUCGGCUGCUUUGUGGCAGUGACGCUGAUGGCUGCCGUGAUGCUCAUCGUCUUCUACAAACUGAGAAAGCGCCACCAACAAAGGAGCACCGUGGCGGCUGCUCGCACCGUGGAGAUCAUCCAGGUUGACGAGGAAGACCUUCCACCACCAGCUUCUGCAGCUCAAGAGACGGCUCUGACGCUACCCGAAAUAAGGGACCACAACAGCAUACACAAACUGGACUAUCUCAGUCACAAAACAGACUACAGCUAUCAUAAGCCCAAGGCUGAAUACAAACCACAGCCCGAUUUCACCCUUCACAAGCCUAAAGCAGAGUAUACAACAUACAAGCCCAAUAUGGACUUCCACGGCCACAGAUCCACACCAGAUUUUAGCCUCCAUAGACCAAAGCUUGACUACAGCCCUUUUAGACAGGAAUACAACACUCACAAACCCAAAGCCGAAAACAGCCCGUUCAAAGGAGACUUUGGGACUCACCCGAAAACAAGGACAGACUACAGCCCUUUCAAAUCAGACUACAGCACUCAUCCGAGGCAAAAGACAGACUUUAGCCCAUUUAAAAGAGAUUACAGUACCCAACCGAAAUCCAAACACGACUACAGCCCGUUAAGAUCGGACUACAAUACUCAGCAUAAACACAAGGUUGAAUACAGCCCGUUCAAGCACGACUUCGGAACUCAUCCGAGGUCCAAACCGGAUUACAGUCCAUUCAAGCCUGGCUACAGCACUCAGCCCAAACCCAAAACGGACUACAGUAUCCAGAAAUGUAAAACUGAUAGCAACUACAACUCCAAGGACCCUUAUAACACUUUCAAGACAGACUUCAGCCCACGCAAGGCGGACUUCAGCGCCUUCAAAUCAGAAUUCAGUCCUCACGUGCAGAGACCCAAAAUGGAUUAUAGUCCGCAUAAAGUGGACUACAGCCCCCAUAAAAUGGACUUCAGCACUAUGAAGCCAAAAUACAACACGUACAAACCGAGUGGCCACGGUGCAAAAUGGACCGAAAACAACGUGGGGAAUUCUUUGCCUCGAACCUUGCCCAGCACCAUCACAGCACUGGCUGAGCCCUUUGUCAUUAAAACUCACACCAAGGAGAAAGUACAGGAGACUCAGAUUUAAAAAGGCCCACCCUUAGGCCCCGGUUAUUGCCCCCGAGCCACCCCCCCCCCCUUAAAUCAUGCAAUAGAAUGCACAAUGAAAACAUGGACAAAAACAACUAUUUUGUACAGAGCAGACGCAAAGACUGUCAGGUUCUUGUUGUACAUGCUUAUAAAUAAAUAUAUAUAUGGACACAUUGAAACUACCAUGGGCUGGUGACAGAGAAACAUAUAUUAAAAAGAAAAUGAAACUAUUUUCUAACUUGUAACUUCUAUUUAAAAUACUACAUUGUUUAAGAAACUGUCUUGACUUUGACAAAUGAGGGUAGUCUUUGAAAAAAAAAAAAACAGCAGGGGAGGGGGUUGGCAUUCUGUGUGAUUUUUACACCAUGCUACAGAGAAUGCAGUGAUAAGAGGAAAUAUUUAUACAGAAAGAACUUUCUUUAACAAAAAAAAGACAAAAAAAUAAGGUCACUGUUGAUCUUUACAGGUUUAUCUUGUAAAAGCACCAAGAAUUUGUACCGUGCCAAAUGUUAUAAAUGCAAUAAAAAGAUUUUUGUAAGAAACACACAAAGGUAAUAUGCUGUAGUUUCCUGUUCUCCUGGUGUGUUACUGUAAAGAUCAGCCAAUUGGUGUAGAUACUGCAGCAAGAUGCAGCGGCGCUACAGCUUUUAACCCCAUGGCUGCUGAAUGACUCAGACGUUGUGAAUCACAGUGCAGAGGUCCCACGCUGCUUUCUCCUCCCCAAUUACUACACUCUUGACAUUACAGCAUGAAGCCAUCAUGCUAUAUCAGUCCGGUCAACAGAUUAACAGGAUCCUACAUUGAUAUCAUUAUAGGUGAAUGAAUGGCAAUUAUAGCGACGAUAACUGAAUUGUUCACGUGCCACUGAUGAAGCAAAUCUCUUCCGGGGUGAAAGAUUUACGAGGUGAUGUAAUCGCGAGUCAAAGAGAAAAAGGUGAUAAAUUCGCGUGAAGUAGUGACUGAAAUGUGGAACUCAUAUUGCCUGGAAAAUAUAGAUCCUCAUUUCACUUUUCAUUGCGCUGCCAGCUGUUGUGCUUUCAUCAAUCAGCACGUUGAGGGGGCUUUUUAGGGUGACAAAUGCGUUCGGGUAGCACCGCUAACUGGGCAUUCUUCAUUUCUGACACAAUCGCCCCUCUUGAUCAUAAUGUGGCGACACAGAUUAGUGACUGACAAAGAGCAAUAACGUGCGACAUAGAUAGACGUCCAAUCCUGCAUCUCUUUUCAUCCUCCUGUGAAUUCAAAGGACUUUGUCAAAAGAGUGUUUAAUGAACAAAAAGGUAAAAAGGCACUCUAGUUUCUUUUGAUUUUUUUGGGGGUGAAAUUUUCAACAGUUCUGCUCAAAAGACAUCAGGAAGAUGAAAAGAACGCAACAGAACACAUCACAGGGCUUAAUUGUCACAAUAAAUGUUGACUAUUAAAGUGAGAAAAGAAGCAUCAAACUGGCCGUGAAUCAACACAACUCCAGGUUUGUGCGUCAGACUGGUUGUAGUAGUAUUAGUAGUGUAUGUAGAUGACAAAUUCACAUAACCGGACUGACAAGGAAUGGAGUGUUUGGAGUAGGGGUGGUGGUGCACCUGCAGUCUCUCGCCUGUCGCAUUAUAAUGUGAAAAAGCAAGGGCGUAGGUUUGCAUAGGGACGGUAGGGACAUAACACUACCAAUUUUUCAGGAUGCUCAAAUUGUCCCCACCAACGUUUAGGCAACCUUAGUUGCAUUUUAUAAUGAGUUAUAAUGAGUACAAUUAACCCUACCAUUAUUAAGUGAAUUAUUUUCAUUAUAUUCAGACUUAUAUUUACCCUUUUCACUUGCUGAAUGUCCAUUUUUUUCCCUCAAACUCACGUUUGAUUGGCUGAUGACCCCCCCACGCACACACACACUGACCCGACAAAAACAUGUCGCCAACAUGCCGCCUCAUCCGCCCCCUUCAAGCAGGAGGGAUAUUAGAAUGUUUUUUUUCAGCCAGCAGCAGCCACUAUAUGUAAAAAGUAGGGCUGUCACACGAUUAAAAUUUUUAAUCGCGUUCAUUACAGCUUAAAAAUUAAUUAAUCGUAAUUAAUCACAAUUCAAACAUCUAUAAAAUAUGCCAUAUUUUUCUGUAAAUUAUUGUUGGAAUGGAAAGACAAGACAAGAUGGAUAUGUACAUUCAACAUACGGUACAUAAGUAAUGCAUUUGUUUAUUAUAACAAUAAAUCAACAAGAUGGCAUUAACAUUAUUAAUAUUCUGUUAAAGCAAUCCAUGGAUAGAAAGACUUGUAGUUCUUAAAAGAUAAAUGUUAGUAAAAGUUAUAGAAAUUUUAUAUGAAAACCACUCUUAAUGUUUUCGUUUUAAUAAAAUGUAUCAAAAAAUAAACUCGGAACCCGCCAUUGUUGAUGUCAAUAAUUACACAAUGCUCAUGGGUGCUUAAGCCCAUAAAAUCAGUCGCACCCAAGCGCCAGCAGAGGGUGACAAAACUCCAAAAAACACAAGCAACAAGUUGGCAUUGCACUGUGCUGUCAUUUUAAUCUGUUUGAGCGGGGCAUGUGCGUUAAUUGCGUCAAAUAUUUUAACGUGAUUAUUUUAAAAAAUUAAUUACCGCCCGUUAACGCGGUAAUUUUGACAGCCCUAGUAAAUAGACGUCAAUGUUAUGGAGGUGGGGAACACACCACUAAUUUUACGACUGAAAUUUUGCUACAACCAAAGUUUAUAAUACAAAGUUUGCAUAACAUUAAACUGUGUGAAUUUGCUAACCUGCAAAACCCGAGUAGGAAGCUGCUUGGAGGGAAGUGCCCGCCACUUUUUUAUGAAUUUUCUGUUGUUAACGUUAACUAAACUGAGAAAUGUAGUGAACCGAGGUUUACCCCCUUUGAAACGAUUUUGAUUUUUGUUUAUGUGGUCUUAAAGCAACACUUGGUCACUUUUCAGUUUUGGUCGAUUCUAGCCAUGCUGAUGGACAAGAGCGGUAGUUUUUUUGAAGACCGCGUUUCCCAUGAGGACCAGCGUAUGAGCACAUAGUGUUUUCCUAUGAGGGGCGGUACAGAAAAUUGAGAAGCACUGUUAUAACAAUACAGAUUUAUUUUGCUUUUAUUUUAUUUUGAUCAGUUAGCCUAUCAAUUAACUCAUUCACUCCCAGCCAUUUUCACCGGAGCAAGGCCCUUCGCUCCCGGCCGUUUUACCAGAUUUUGACUGAUUUUGCAAGGCCCACAGCAAAAUUCCGUUCUUCUGCUAUAUAAACAUGGAACCCACCAAAAGAUUAGACUCUGUUCUUUCAGCAGGAAAAAGUUUUACUUCUUUUUCUAUUCUUUCGAAAUCAGCAUUAGAAAAUGGCUUAGUUUGAGCAAUUUUCCAAUUUCUGAUGAAAAAAACAGAGCUUUUUGUGAAUGCAUACAUUUGAAACAUAACUUUGACUUUAACACAGCUAUUUUUCGCUUACGUGACUUCCCAAAAAUCUGAAUAAUGUUUUCGUUCUAAAAAAUAAACAACAAGACAAAUAGCGCUUUUGAUCGCAAAGUAAUUUAUUUAUACAUAACUAAACUAUUUAACUAUUUGCGCACAUAACAACGGGGAAGGCUCUCGGCUGCUCCUGGUUGAAUGAAGUGGCUCCCAGCAAUCUGAUGAGUCCGGAUCAAGAUCUGUCUCACUUUUUUCAUUAUCUUCAUCGUUGAUUUCAACCUCGGGCUAAGGAGUAACGCAACGUGAGCUAUGCAGAACGAGUGUGGAAUCUGACGCUGUUGUGGACAUCAUCGUCUGUCUCAUCAAGAUAGAUUUUUUUGAAUCCUUCUUUGACGAUUGUUUCGUUUUCUUUUCAAAACACUCCUCCAGUGUUGUUUGCCUUUUUUUCCCCCAUCGUUCUCCACUUUUUUCUCAAAUACUCACACGUCUUCACAACAUCCCUCCAACUUCCGUUUCCUUACUAUUUUUCUUCACUUCCUUUCUUGGCCCGAGAUGAGUUCUUACUAAAUGCGCUACCUACCUCCAGUGGCCAGUUUUAUAGCUUUAAAAUGGGUUUUGAGCUUUGUGCAUUUUAUCUUAGAUACAUCAGAACCUAUAGAUGCGUC